AUGAACUUGGCACCGGACACCAUCACGAUAGAGGCGCAGCGCAACACGGAGCUGCUGCUGCUCGAGUACCUGCGCAGCACGAACCCUCACAUCUACGCCCUAUGGCAGCGUCACCCGGACAAGGACAAGGACGCCUCCUCUUCAUCCGCCGCGUCGUCGUCGGACACUCGUAGCGCCGGCGGUAGCGAUGACGGAGGUGCCAACGCGUCCUCCGGCUCAGCAGUGUCGACAUUGACGGAGCCGUUUAACUAUGCGGAGCCGCGCUUCCACCGUGCCGCACACGUCCAUUUUCUCAUGGAAAACCUCAGCGUGACGCCGCAGGGCUUCUCCAGUCUCUACCCGUCUCGACCGUGGAUCGUAUACUGGGCCUUGCAAGCUGCCGACGUGCUGAGUGCCAUGGAGAGCGAAGUGCUGCACCGUACCCCGCCGAGUGCCAUUGUGGCGUUCCUACACAGCUGCCUCUGCAUCGACCACACAUGCCAAGCGGAGGUAAAUAACCGGCUCCCGGCUGCCACCAAGUCGGCCAGUGAAGCCCAGGAAGUAAAAGACACCCACGUCACCGGGACACUUCUGAGGAGCAGUGCCGACGCGACGAGUGCCACCUUGAUGCCGCCAGUAGAGGAUGCCGCAGAGGUGGCUGAAGGUCCCUCACGGCCGGUGAUGGGUUUUGCAGGAGGCGCCACGCACCAAGAGCCGCACAUCGCCUCCUCCUACGCAGCCUGCUGCGCUCUCGCAAUGCUGAGCUGGUAUGAUGACGGGGCGCCGCUGCGGCAACUCCCCCGCGCCGCCAUCAAGCGGUGGCUCCUCACCCUGCGCAACGAGGAUGGUAGCUUCCGCGUACAUGGCGGAGGCGAGUCGGAUAUUCGCGCCUCGUACUGCGCCGCAGUCAUAACAACUCUCCUCGGGCUCGAUGAUCCAACAACCUUUGACGGCGAGGCCGGCCGCCGCGAGUUUGUGGACGACGUCCGAGACGUUCUGGUGCUAACGCUGCAGACGGCACGCUUCGUCGCCGCGUGUCAGACCCACGAAGGCGGCUUCACAUGCUCACCCACCGCGUCGGAGGCGCACGGGGCAUACACCCAGUGCGGCCUGGCCGCUCUGCUGCUCAUGAAGCAGCCGCACAUGGUGCAUCAGGCGUCACUGCGCCGCUGGCUCGCCGCGCGUCAACUGAACUGUGAGGGUGGCUUCAACGGUCGCACGAACAAGCUGGUCGACUCGUGCUACUCGCACUGGAUCGGCGCAUCGCACGUGCUGCUGCGCACAGUCGAGGCAUACACAAAAUGCUUCGCAGAAGUGCCUCUGACACAUGCAGGCAACGGAGACGCUACAGGAGCUGGCGAGAAGGGUGGUAGGGAGGAUGUCGAUUCCGCCUCGCCCGCUCGUUGUCUUCGGGCCCGGGAGGUGGUGCUGCUGGACCACGCGCAGCUCCUCGACGCAGAAAUGAUUCACGCCAGCUCCAAUGACGCCUGGGACCGUGCCGAGAGUGAGCACCUUACGCAGCUGGAUGUGGUGGAUCAGUUUCUCGGUGUCGAUGAUGCGGUGUUGCGGUCGGCAGAAGGAAAAAGAGCCGCCGUCGCAGCCUUGUACGAGGGUCUACUGGAAAGCCACCUCGCUGCGGCGCGCGGCUGUGACGGCAACGGCGACGCGGCUGCGGGAGACGUGCAGGGCAGUCUGGAGGCGUGGCGAGCGCGCCAAGCGUUCCUCUACGCCGAUGUCGGCGACUUCUACUUUAACCAGCGCAAAUUGCAGGACUACGUCCUGCGCUGUUGCCAGGAUUCCGAGAUUGGUGGCUUGAUGGACAAGCCUCGAACAGCGCACGACGGGUACCACACCUGCUACUCGCUCUCGGGGUUGAGUGCAGCGCAGAACUUGCAGUACCGGACUCAUGCCACCGCCGCUAAUGCAGCCUACCCGUCCACCUACCUUGAACGCGCCUUUGCCCGCUCGUACCUCCCAGGGCGCGAGAGUGGCAACACAAGCGGCAACGAAGAAGGUAGCUGUGGCGUAGUGUUGAGCUUACCAAGCACCUCUGCGGCUGCGGAGUCGAUGCUUCUUCGGACAACGAACCCGAUCUUUAACAUACAUCAAUCGCGCGUGCUCUCUGCCCUGCGUACAUGGAGCGUGAAAGCCUUUGUGUAA